CCGAUAAGAGGAUAAAACGACGGAGCGAGCUUGAGACCGAGCUUGGGUAAUGGCGUUUUCUACAGCUUCGUCCCUCUCAUGGAGCUCCUCGUCUUGUUGGUUCCGCAGUUUCAAUGAAAACCCUAAGUUUCCUGAUAGAAAGUCGAGUUUUUUUGUGGUUGCCCAGAAGAAAGCCAAGAAAGUUCGCAAGGUAAUCUUGAAAGAGGACGUCGAGUACGUUGGGAAACAAGGGCAAUUACUCGAGGUGAAAGCCGGGUUUCUUAGAAACUAUCUCUUGCCAACGGGAAAGGCUCAGCUCGUGACUCCGGUUCUUCUCAAGGAAAUGAAGAUGGAAGAGGAACGGAUAGAGGCCGAGAAGCAAAGGGUGAAAGAAGAAGCCCGGCAACUGGCACUGAUAUUUGAGACUGUCGGGGCGUUCAAGGUGAAACGCAAAGGUGGAAAAGGCAAACAAAUCUUCGGAUCUGUCACUGCACAAGAUAUUGUCGAUAUCAUCAAGGCCCAGCUCCAAAGGGACAUUGACAAAAGGAUAGUUACACUCCCGGAAAUCCGUGAGACGGGAGAGUACGUAGCCGAACUGAAGCUUCACCCGGAUGUUACAGCUCGAGUUAGGAUCAAUGUUUAUGGUAACUAAAUCUUCUGCAAAACUCAAAAGACUGCUGCUUUGGGUGAUGUAAAGAAGACUGCCCCCAUGGCGAUGCUCUUCCCGUUAGGACUCUUUCACCAGAGCGGCGUUUUCAUAUACAGUUUGAGUUGUGAAAUUUGUACGGGCAGUGGUUCAAAACGCAAAAACGCAAAACGCAAAACGCCUGUGUUUGAACUUUCUGGCGUCUAAUGAAAGAGGUCAGAGGACCAUCAUUCAUUUUGAGUAACA